AUGCCCGUUAUGCAACCACACAACCGCAGGAGCCCACGAGGUAGCCACAGUGGAAGCUACGACUCCAGCAGUUUCGAGAAGGAAAAUCAUCACCACAAGCACAACCUACCAUGCUACGGCCACCACCACAACCAAGUGGACCACUACCGCCAAAGUACCCCUGGUUCACCUCAUCAUUCCUUCUUUCCAGGAUUUGCCGAUGAAUUCUUUCAUCACUCGCCCUUUCGCAACUCAUUCGACGAGUGGAUGCCAGUCCUACGAAACUUGGAACGAGGUGAAGACCACAUCAUUCAUCAUUCGUCUCCCGGAUACGAGAUCAAUGAAAAUGACAAGGACUACCAGAUCGCCAUUGAUGUUCCAGGAGUGCAUUUGUCCGAUUUGAACUUGCAACUGGAAAACUAUGGACACGUCCUUCACGUCCAGGGAACACGUCAAAUCCAUCGUGAGGGCAAGCUGUGCUCGGCAAAGUUCGAGAAGCGAUUCCGAAUUGGUCACAACAUUGACCAUGAUUCCAUUACGGCACACUUGUCGGAGGGAGUUCUCGUCGUGACUGCUCCCAAGCUCCGAGAAGUCAAGAAGAAGCCCAAGCACAUCAAUAUCCACGAGGGUGAGCAACCCUAA